AUGUGGUGCAUCGAAUGGUCCAUGAUCGCGACUGACGGUGCUGCUCCAAACGUCGGAGACACUUCUGGUCAGUCGUAUCCUAAUAUUCAGAUCAGCAGAAUAACUCCAGAGACUAUAUUAGCUAUCCCUCCGUUUACUCCGUACUCGCUCUCUCCGCGCGGACUGAUUGGCGGCUCCGAUCCGAUUGCCUGCACUCUCCGCAUGGUAUCUUGCCCUGUCGCAUUCGUUUUUUCCGCCCUUUCUUUUCAACGAAAGAAGGAGCUUUGGUUAGGGAGGAUGGCGGAAGACGCCCCUCCGGCAUCAUCAGCGCCGGCCAACGGCGCGGGGACAACCGCGACCGCGACUGCGACCACAACCGCGACCACCACAGGGGGUACGAGCAGUGGAACAACAACAGCAACGACAACAACGACAACGACAGACCAGAAUCAGAAUCGGGGGUUGCCGUACUAUGAGAAGCUGCGGAGAGAUUUGAGAGAUUCGUUGCAGAAAAAGCGGAUGAUGGACAAGAGCAUGGCCCAACUAGAAGAGCAAAUCUACCGCUUCGAGCAGUCGUACCUUGAAGAGACCAGCGCCGGAAACAUCAUCAAGGGAUUCGAUAACUACAUCAAGGGAGCCUCUGCAGGAUCCAAUGUCGGGGCAGGAGGACUCUCCAUGGCGGGGAGCGGCGGCGCAGCCACAAGACGCAAAGCGCAGGUGUCUGAUCAAGACCGCGUGUUUUCACGCAGUUCGGCUAGUUUCAUGAGGGACUCCCCAGCCCCUUCAUCCGCGCAGACCACUCCCUCCCACGCACCGACCCCGACAUCGAGCCAUAACAACGGCACUGCCAGCGCCGGUCUGAGCAGCACCAAGUCUGGCGACGGCAAAGCCGGGCCCGCCAGCUCGAAGAACAAGAAGAAAUCCAGCGGCGGAGGCUCCGCCGCCGCUCGGGAUGGUAGCAACAAAGAGGAAGACGCGGACGGGGCGGACGGUGCCGCUGGGGAAGGACCGAAACCGCCAACGAAACGAUUAAAGAUUAGCUAUGGGAGGGAUUGA